GGGGUCUGAACAUACAGAUCGACUGAUAUGAAAAGAGUAUAUACCAGCAUGGGUGUUUGUCCACAACAUGACUUACUUUGGGAAACACUUACCGCAAGGGAGCACCUGCUUUUUUAUGGUAGGCUCAAGAAUCUCAAAGGUCCCGCCUUACACCGAGCAGUGGAAGAAUCUCUUAGAAGCGUCAAUCUACUUAAUGGAGGGGUUGCUGAUAAGCAAGCUGGUAAAUACAGUGGAGGCAUGAAAAGGAGGCUUAGUGUCGCCAUUUCGCUUAUUGGAGACCCCAAAGUUGUCUACAUGGAUGAGCCGAGUACUGGACUGGAUCCAGCUUCAAGAAGCGAAUUAUGGAAAGUUGUGAUGCAUUUACUGAUCGGGGGGAGAGAGAUCGGAAAAGGAACGAAAGGGCAAACUAGAUGUGCAGAGAACCCAAGGAAGUCCGUUGUCCCGAGAACCAGAGCAAGGCCGUCGUCCAUUGUUGCGGAUUCCGGCGGCAAACAACUGCGAGUUACCCCUCGUAAUGUGAAAGGGGGAGCUAAGUUGAAACAAAGAGAAAUGGUUCCAAAUGAUGCAAUAGUGGAGGAUACGCCACCUUCAAAGAUAGCGAAGAAUAGUUUAAAAUGUUUGAAAGCCCAAGAAAAUCAUGAUGUGGAAGGGUCCUCGAAGACACGGGCAAGAUUUGGGAGUGUACCACGAGGGUUUAAGGCCAAACAUCCUCAACUUGAUGUGGUAGAGUCCACGCCGAAACGCACAAGAUUUGAUAGUGUAGCGCGAGGAAUUAAGGCCAAACAUCCUCGUUCGAUGAAACCGCGAGUUGAAAAUAUGGGAGAAAUGCGUGAGACAGCAUAUCGUGCAAGCCUAAGGGUCCUCGAAGACACGGGCAAGAUUUGCCAAUGCCAUUUGUGA